AGAAACCAGGCAUGCUGAAACUCAAGGUAAGGUGUAUUAUUAGCUUUAGCCGAGGACCAGGCUCUGCAGUUGGCAAAAAACAGUGUGAAACAGCAAAAAAGAUCGGCGGGCGAAUAUAGCCAAGCCAAGCGGUGUACUGGGGAGGUUUGCCUCGCUUGCCUUUUUUUCCACCUUUAAUUUAUCGAUUUUUUUUCGCCUUUUUCCCACACCGAGGAGCCUGGUCCCAGGCUAUAUUAACUUCUGUUUAGCAACUGAAAUUUUGACAAUUAAGCAAUAUGUCAGAGACCUUUAGAUUCAUGGAUGACGUCGAAGACUACGAGCACGAGAUUUGACUUAAAGCUUUUUUCCCAUAUUCUAAAAAAUAUACGUCCGGGAAAGCUUCAUUGUGCUCUUUAUCACAAAAGAGUUCGCACAGCUGUUCUUAUUGAAGAAGUUUAAUGGGGUUAUGUCAAGAGGAUAGCAUUAAAAUUUUAAAAAGUUGGCCAAACUCUGUUAAGUUUAAAUCCAAGUCCAUCUUUGUUAUCCAUUGCAACAGGCGACAGGAAACAGUUUCAAUGCCUAAAUAUAGUCUUGAGUAACUAAACUGGAGCAUUACUUUUGGAAUUCAAUUGACGUGAAGAUUAGUUUUACAUCCCGUGACAUAUCCCCUUUAGAUGCUCUCCCGAUUGAAAAAUUAUAAAACUUCAAACAUCUGAAAACUUGUUUCCGUCACUACGACAUUCGCUAAAACCCGUGGUAGAAUGGCGACGGCUAGCACGUUCUCCCGCCAAAAUGACGCUGCGGUUCACGUUCGCGUACUACUUAAGGCUGAUUUUCAUUAGCGACAGAGUCAAUGUUGGAGUCGUAAUCAGAAGCGUAGUGAAAACAGCGUUCUGAUUCCGCUUACGACUCUGUCGUCGACGAUAAAGUAAACAGAAGAUCGUCGGAGUCGCAAGCAGAAGCACAAAAAGUAAACAAAUCACAAAGCGACUCCGACUCCGACUCCGUCGCGCUUCACGUGCAAGAGAGCGCACCUUGCAUUAAGGGCCUUUGAGACUCAAUUCAAGCAGAAGAGAAGAGGAAAUAAUUAUCCGUGUUAACAUAAUAGAGGAAGUGACACACUAAAAUCGCACUUAACAGCUAGACGUUACAAUUCGUCUGGGCGCACUUGACAUUCGCUGGCAUAAAUUCAAUCAUAAUUAAAAUCCAGCCUGCCAAGGAUUAGCACUUUCUUUGAGGCGGUAUAAUUGGGAGAACACGUUGCAUGGUGUUAUCACUGACUUGAGAGGCAAAGGAUUGCUGGUCUUCAAUGUUUUCUUACCUUUGCUUAUAAUUAAGAUUUAAAAACAAACAAAUAAGCAAGGCAAGAAAGACAAGAAAAACAAAAGAAAAAAAUAUAAAGAGAGACAUUUAUUAAUACUUCAUGUUACACAAUGAAACUGCCCAUAAUAUUAAAACACUUUCUUGUUUAUGCUUAUGCAGCUAAAUCAACGAGAUUUUCCAUUGGACACUACCGAUGAUGAUGACAUGGCGACCAAUCGUUAUGCUUACUUGAUUGCCAAAACCAACGAUAGUGAUGUUUUCAUUGACAAGGAGGUGAAAGUUCUUGUCAGUUUCCUGGAUGGUGUUGUUCUUUUACAGACAGAUAAACCAAUUUACACUCCACAGCAGAGUGGAAGUUUGGAGUAUACGAAAGGUAGUUGUAAAUUGAAUAUCUAGAUCUUAAUGUAUCUCUUAAAUACCAUCACGACCAUUCAAGAAAAAAAAGGUAUGGCAAAAACCCUUUUUAAUGUUUUACUUGAUUUCUAAAGUGUCACUGCAUUUCAACGGGUUCUUUUACCUCUUACAUUGUACAGAAAUAGACAUAGACACGGUCAAACAGAGUCGAUAAAAUUCCUUGUUAUGUUCUGUUUAAGGGGGCAACCUAAAUGUUAUUUUCCUUUUUUUGGAACUCAUUAUUAUACACCAUACCCAAAAACAAACAAAAAUAGUUAAUCCAUGAAAGUCUUUAUCUCUUACCUUGUUUUUAUUCCUGGUAACUUUUAUUUUCAGUCAAAAUUAGGAUUCUGCCGCUUGGAUUUGAUCUCAAACCGGCCAAGCAGAAAAAAGUAAGGUUCCCAUGGAAAUAAAUCGCGUAGUUGUUAGUAUAGUUGUCCAAAACUAUUUCUUCUUAAACGCUUAUUAUUAGUAAUCCGUAUUAGUGUUGUAUUUCGUUUUACAACUCUCUGACCGAGAAGAAAAUCAUAACCUCUACCACCAUGUUAGAGUUAAACCUCUUGGUUUUCUUUUAUACCAGUUUUGGCACAAAAAGGAAAGCACUUUUUUUCCUGUCACUUGUGACGUUAUAUCGCGUAACUAUAGCAACCAACUGUCAUGAAAGUUUGCCAAAAUGUACCCGAGGAAUAGUGAACAACUACUGAAGGGAAAAGACUCUUAACUCGGAAGUGAUCAGGAAAAAUAUGGCAAAGAAAAAGAACAAAGAAAAAAGCAACAAACAAACAAACAACAACUACAACAACAACAGCAACAAGAACGAAAACGGGUUUGACUUUCGUCUCUCCUUUUUCUUUUAGGUGACGGUUGUGGUAAAGGUAAGGAAAUCUUUUUCAAUAAACCGUAGCACACUUUGGCUUUUCUGGAAAUUCGAUCAUAGAUAAUCGCGGAUAUUACCAACUUUUCUCAAAUAUCUCAACUGGAAAGCCACUGCACGUGUAGUCCUUAAUCGUAACGCAAGUUUAUUUUUUACGUCCGUUGCGUGGCCCCUGAUCAGGCCUUAGGAAGGAAAUUAUUUCACAAACAGGACAAACUUUUGUUUAACUGACACCUUCGUGAAGUGAAUAUCUACUAUUGAUUCCUUCCCUAUUACAGUCAUUUCAUCUAAGUCUUGCUAAAUCACACAUCUUUCUUAGUUGAAAAACCUCCUAAGUGCCAGUCCUAACGGAGCCAUUCUUAGAGAAGUUAAUCUUCAUUUUGACAGUGCAAAUAUUUUUUCUCAGAAUCCGCAAGAAGUUGUGGUACAGAAAUGGAAGGAUUUAUCAACUGAAACUGGUAAUAACUAAGCGUAUCAACUGACAAAUUAUCAACUAGCCGUUUAAGUAGAUUCCGGCUUAGAGCACAAUAAAUUUCCUUUAGAGCUAGAGUAAGCCUUGCUUAGGACUAUGAGCUAGAAACAAGAAGCAACGAAGUAACAAGACAUUUUUUUUAUUUUUAUCCAGGGAUUAUCACUAAAAUAUUUGGGCUUAGUGAGUUUGCACUAAUAGGAAAUUGGACUGUCUUUGCAUUUCAUGGUCACGAGGUAAUAUUAAUAUUUAAUUUAACCGUGCUUUUGUAAUGUUUUUUCUUUGUUGAUAGUAUAGUUAUCCUUUUAUAUGUGUUGCUCAUUAUCAUGUUGUUGAAUUGCUACUAAUAAAAAUCAUCUUUUUGUUCAGAACACACAAAAUACUUCAGUGACGUUUGAAGUCAAAGAAUAUGGUAAGGAUAACUGAAGACUUGAAAUUUUUCACAGCCUCUUCCGUGUUUGUCUUGAAAAACCUUUUAAACUAAGGCACAUUUAUUUAUUUACUUACUCAUUUAUUUUUCAGUGCUUCCGAAGUUUUCUGUCAGUAUCUCGGGACCAAAAUAUGUACUGCCCAAUACGAAAGUCAUUGGUUUUUCUAUUGAAGCUAAGUAUGCAUGUUUACUUGCUUAAAUCUAUCGAAUUCAAUUUUAGCGACCCUAACACCCUUCCAUUUCCAACGAUAUCCUAACCCUUUCCGUAUUUGUUUACAUCCAGAUGUUGAAUCGCACAUCAUAGAAAUUAACUGAAUAAAAAAAAUAAUGUUAAUAUUAUGUUCGGGUAUUUUCUUUUUUUGCAGAUACACGUUUGGUAAGCCGGUUGAUGGAACAACACUCGUAAAGUUUUCUAUGGUGGGAAAACGCAUUAAAGCUGUCUCAGUGAAACAGUCCUCUUCUGAGGUAAUCAGUUUGCUAAUGUUAUGGUGGACUUAUAGUUAUCCUGUCAAGUUCAUUAAUAGUGACCAUAGUCAAAAGAUUACAGAGGCUCGUUCAACAUUUUGUUAAAUGAUUGGGCGCAAAAAUUUUAUUAUUUGUAACGGAAUUGUCGUAUUAAGGUUCGUCAUAUCAGGGAAACAAAACUUUAGCUCAGUUCUUUGAUUAUCAAUUAUCUCAAUUAUGCUGUGGAUAUUUAGUAGAGGAGGGUGGUUAUGAAAGCCGGCAAACAUCAAAGCUAACGGUGCUAUCCUGUUUUUGUUCCAAAAUAAAUUAAUGCGAUGUUUCAAACAAAAAUGAUAGGAAUGCAUCUAACGUUGUGCACCGUCAGGUCCAAAAGAGCAAACAAAAACAUCUAACAAAGAAUUAUGCCAGAAUUUUAUUUAAGAAGUUACGUCAUAUAUUCUUAAAGGUGGUCCUUUUCAUGAGCCUUAUUAGCUUCCUUGGGCUCCCCUGCCUCAUCUUUCUAAAUUCUUUGUAUAUAUUUAAUGUAAAUGGCGAGAUAAUAAUAAAUCAAAACCAUAAAACAACUGCAUAAAAACGAAGAGGUUUGUUUGUUUGCCAUGUGUUUAAAUCAUUGAAAAUUAUCUUUAGUUGAAAGACGGAAAGACAGAUGUCGUUGUUACUACAGACGAAAUAAAGAAAGUUCCUGGUCUUCCUUGGUUCCCAGUUGGUCGCCGCCUUCAGGUUGAGGUUGAUGUAAUUGAGAAAACUUCUGGCAAGAAAGAGAGCGCAAUCGACAAUGGAAUUUUCUUUGUCAAAUCGCCUUUCACUAUUGAACACCAAGCAACCGCCGAGUUUUUCAAACCUGCCCUUCCAUUUCUGGUCAAGGUAUGAAUUACGAGCGAAACCCUUGCUAACUCGAACAUCGCGCAAACUCGGACCAAAAUCGAUUUCCCCUGGAUUUCCUUCAUACAUUUACUUGAUUUACACCCUCGGUAACUCUAACUUUCGUCGAUAGCUCGAACCACUCGCUAACUCGAAGUAAUGUUUGUUUCCCUUCAUAUCUUUUCUAUAAAAAUUUACCCUCCAUGACUCGAACCAUGCUUUUAAGCGCCUGGCAAGUUCAAAAAUAAAGGUUUACUGCAGUCCGAAACGUUGACAUUAUUUCAAACAACUUGUAUACUUUGUCUUUACUUUUUUGACAGUAUAGUCAGUUUAAAAUACAGUUUGCUGCAGCACCGUGAAUGAUUUAUCAAGCUUUGAAGUGUGCAUGUUACUUGCAUUGCUUCCGCGUCCCAUUUCCUUAUUUUCUUAUUUCCGUUUAUUUGCUUCGAACUCAGGAUAACUUGAACUCUCGCUCGUUAGGUCGAACUUUUUUCGAUUUCCCUAGAAGGUUUGAGUUAUCGGGAGUUGACUGUACUUGCAAAAAUUGCCCUUUGCCUUGAUUCAGGUCACAUUUAAAGUUGAUUUAAAUCUGCACUCUUGUGUCUGUCCUGCUGUAAGUAGUUCGGAAUAGAAAAUUUAUUACGUUAUUGUCAAUUAUUAUUCGGGCAUUGGUGUUGCGAUUUUACUUGUACCUUUGAUUGUUUAAAGCUGUAUUUGAGGCAAAUUUGAUGGAUAUAUAUAUGUUACUUUGCCUUUAUUAGGUUGACCUGCUGUACCCGAGCAAAAAUCCUGCAAGAAGAAUCCCAAUGUCCAUAUCAGUGACAGGAACAACUACAUCCGGGCAAGAAAUCAAAAUAGGGAAGGAUGCGACAAAACGAGAUAAUGUGAAUUUCGAAGACAGAACUAAUGCAGAGGGCAGGGCCAAUUUUGUUAUAGAUACGCCGGGAAAUGUCAAAUCAAUGAAGAUUAGGGUGAGUCGUAUACUGCCGUAUCCACGGAAUUCUGACUUCUGUUUGAAAGGUGUCGAGCCUGCGUGGUAGGCGUUUUAAAGGGAAGGGAAAUCGGAAAUUUAGGCGUUCGGGAACUCGUUUUUUUCUCAUUUUUGUCAGAAAGGUACAAGAAACACGAUAUUUGGUUUGAGUGCUGUGAUUUUACUGAGAAGGAAUUAGAGGUUUUGAUUGGACGUUAAGAGACAAAUAGGCGUUACAAAGAUACCUCCGAUUUGUGGAUUAACGUCAUUAACGAGUGAUGGAAUGGCGAAAACAAUUGGUUUCCUUGCAUUCGUUCCCUUCCCUUCUUCCUCACACCGCGUCUUAUGGUAUUUCCCACUUUCCUUUUAAAAGCCUUCCACGGAAGCUAUUACAGGGCAUAAUUGCAGUAUCUAAUUAUUCCUACGUAGGUGGAAACCGAGAAGGAUGACAUACCAGAAGAACACAAUACAUUUAUAGAGUUUGAUGUCCAUGCUUAUCAUUCUCCUUCAAGAACAUUCUUGUAUGUGCGGGCUAUUAGGGUACGUGCACAAGUCUAAUAAAAAUUCUGGACACGCUUUUUUGUAAUUUAUCACAUCCCAUUUGUUUGCUCAUUGUUGCCACGUUUUACUUGUAAGUUUUACUGGCAUUAACUUUUUUAUCACUAGAUAAGCUUUCAAACAAAUUGAUUAAGACUUCUUGUUUCCCUUUGAUUUCAAAAUAUAUUUCCUUUCGAUGCUUCUCAGUCACUAUGUUUUUAUUUCUUUACAGGACAAGCAACACAUUAAUUGUGACGUUUUUGUGAACAAGAACGCUUCAAAGAUAACCUUUAUGGUAAGUUUAUAUAUAUUUUAAUGCAAACGUUAAAUUAGCUUCCCUCAUCAGCUGGUUAGCUAUAAGGAUUAGCUGCAUGGGUAGUACUUUGGGGCCGACACUCAGCGUCUUGAACUAACUGAUAAUUGCACUGCUUUUGCUCUUAUAUCUGCCAAUAGGGUUAUUAUAAACUUUUUUAGUUCAUUGAGAUAGCUGCAAAAGCCCAGUUAGGCACUCUCUUAUAGCACUUUCAUCACUGACCUUAACAUAACUGACCCCUUGUCGAUAACAGUAAAAAUUAUAUUUAUAUUUUAGCCUCAAAUCUUACGUUGCACCCGAUUUAAGAAACCAAUUUCUCCCGGAAAUUUUUCCGACAGAACGUAAAUUUGGUCAGGUUGUCGUCAACUAUAAAAAAGUAAAGAUAUCAGACCUUAAAAACUAUGCUUGUCAGGGUUCCCUUCCGUUUAAAUAACGUUUUGGUCGAGACAAAAAUCAGUUGGUUGGCAAACGGCCUAUUGAAUGGAGUAAGAUGUCACACUUAAAUACUGUACAGGAAGCUGUUAAGGGAAUGUCAGUCUUAUUAUAAGCAAUCCAGCGGAUCUAAAGAUGUAAUGUAAAUGGCAACUGUCCACUACUCGCAUUUUGGCGUACCUCAAGGCAGUAUAUGUAGUUGGUCCAUUCCUUUCUUUAACGAUCGAUGCAACUGCCUACGAGGUGCCUCUCUUAUGGUGUUUGUGACGACACUACUAUACGUCUAACAGCUAAAAACCUUAACCGAGAUAAACUAGCAAUAAUCCUUGAACUUAGUAACCUCCAUCGCUGGUUAAAAUCCGACAGGUUACGUUUAAACGGUAGUUAAUAAGGUGGAGUUCAUAAUAAUGCGGUCAAGAUAGAGAUGAAGCAGAUCGAUAUUGAAAUAGAUUGAUUGGGAAGAUUGAUAUCUGAGAUUGAUAGAUCAGGAUAGUCGAUCAUACAAAAUUACUUAUAAUAAUCCUUAGCAUCACCAUCAAUUAAAACGAUUCCCUUGGCUGGAACUCGUCGACAGAAUAUUCAGGAAAGUCUUCUCAACGACCGAAAAGGACGUAAAAUGUCUUGUUUUCACCUUUUCCUUCUACACAGGUUAUUGCACGGGGUAAAAUACUUGCUCAGUGGAUCAAAGUCUACGUCGUUGGGGUGAUUUCGAGUUUUCGAUUUAGGAUCUUACCAGAAAUGUCUCCUUCGUCACGUCUGGUGGCUUUCUACUUUGGACAAAAUGGUGAAGUUAUUGUGGACAGCACAUUGCUUGAGAUUGACGAUGGACUACCAAAUAAGGUAAUAUUUUGCCAUGAAUUCAACUGAAAAGGACCUUUAAGAGACGCUGGGAGUGACAUCUAAAGCUAAAUUUUGUCUGGCUUCUUAAAUAAAUUAAAAUUAAUGAAUUAACUUGUUAUAACUCUCUUUGUUUUGCUUUUUUGUCAGUUUUGUCACACUGUCUUUAACAGUUAAAAAGAAUUCGUUUAACCUUCUGCUCUUGUUUGUGACGAUUCAUUGAGGGGAAAGGGGUAGGUUGGGGCUAAAACCUGUAUACUUGACAUCCAUGGUCUAUAAUCGGCUAAAUAGCGUCGAGGUAAUGGAAUGUCAACGAGGAAGAUUGGCAUGUACGCCUCAAAUAAUUUGUGUUAAUGUCGCUUUAUUAAGCUUCCCGGUGAAGGACAAGUUACCCGGGAAAGAAAGGGUAACAUUGAUCUAUUUAUUAGUGAAAACAAUUCCAAAUAAAGCUCAUUCGUGGUUUCCACAGAUAUACAAAAUUCAUACCUAGUUUCACUUUCGUUGUGAAUUCUUCUGCAGAAAGGAUAACAGUUCUAAACCUUUGCUCGUAGGUGGUAUUUCAUGAAGACUCGUCCGAUGGUCAAAAAUCAAAAUAUCCGAGCACUCAGUACAAGAUUCAACUCUCCGCGACACCUGGGACUAGAAUUGGACUUCUUGUAGUAGAUCAGAGCGUUUAUCUCCUCAGAAAUCGCAAAAAAUUGAACAAGAAAAAAGUAAGCGAUAAAUCUAGACAACAGAGGGAAUUAUUUACAUGGAUUGAUAGCUACGUUCGAGAUAUUUACCAUUUUCCAUGAGAUAUCGAUUCAAAAGCCCAAGCUUGCCAUUCAAAGCUUAAUGUUUUUCGAAAUAGUAAUAAAAUACCUGUCUUCGGUUUUGAUGUGUAACCGGCAUGGUUUUGCUAGCUACUAGCUGAAUUUUGAUACAUUUUUUCUAUCAACAACUGUGGAAAGCAAUUACUUUUAUAAUUAAAAGAAAGCAUGGAAUCGAAUAUCAAGAAAACCAAAAAAAAUAGAAAAUCAAAAACAAGGAAACAAAAACUAACAGAUUUCCUAGACUGUGAUGUUCUCGCUGACAUCAGUCGCAGAAAACAGGGCCUCUGUGGUUGGUCUAUAAGAGUUAAAAAUUGCUACAGGCACCUUGCAAUUUUGUGGGAGUUAACCCAUAAUUGGAGGAGUUUGUUUCACAAAAAACGGAGAAUUUUUGAUGAGCGAGAUAACAUUUACUAGUUAUUUUAUAUUUUACUUGCUUGUUGAUCCCUUAUCCUUAUUUCUUGCUUUUUGUUUCCUGAAUAAACGUAGGUGUUUAAUCUCUUGGAGUCACUGGAUCUUGGAUGUGGUGUUGGAGCUGGUAGAGAUAGUGAGGACGUCUUCACUGUAAGUACAUGUACUGGGGGGGGGGACAGAAAAUCAGAAAUGGGAGGAGUGCGCGUUCUUGCCUGCUUUAUAGAUAACAUUUAUGUUUACUGAGAAUUCUUGAACAAUAAGACAGGGAAAUUCUCAGAAAAACGGGGUGGAGGAGCUGCCGGUGUCCCCUUGGCUCAUCCCUAGAUCCGCCCAUGAGUACAGCUUGAGAUAGUGCUGUGACGAAAGUUAAGGCCAAAAUUUUGAAAAAAAAAAUGUUUGUAUAAAACUGUAAUAUCCCUCUUGCUAUGUUGUACUGUCUUGGGAUUACUUCAAAGCACUUAUUUUGUGUUCAGUCGCGGGUUAAUGCAUGAAAGAUAACUAAAUGUGCAUAACUUAUGUAGUUAACUCCUCGCAUUUUGUGCUAAAAUAACCGUUCGUUUAAAUCUGAUUCUAUUCUUAUAGAGGGCAGGAACUGUUGUGUUAACAAACACGGACAUCACCAGCACAGGACGUUCUGGUAAACAGGGCUUUUUGUUGGUGUUGAGGGAAUCGAAAUUGCCACUAUUAAAACGUUCAGCGUUUUAGAUUGUACUUUAGUGGUUUUGUAACGUUGAAAGUUGAACGUAUGAGCACACUGUUAUCACCCCCAUGGUGUCGCGGUUAUAAUUUGUCUGUUAAUAUUUUGCCUUGGAUACAUAGCCCAUGUAUGGUUUACUAAAAAUGACAAUUCCUUAUCAUCCCCAAUCGACGCUUAUUUCCACAUUUGGGCCGCAAUGGUCUACAUCAGGUUUAUAGAAAACGCCUAUUUUUCAAUGAGUUAAUUGUAAGAUUUGAAUACCGGCGUCAUUAUAGGCAGAAGUAAACUGGCAGCAGAAAGUAUCUCAUCCAGGUUGGUAAGGCAAUAAUAAACUUUAUGCUAGGAAUAACAUCCUGCGCUCUACUUCGUCUUACAACUGUUGACAUAUUUAACUUUGCCCAGAUAAAGUUAUUUACAUAGAUUUUAAGCGUCGUCUUUGUUUUCAGACUUCGCUUGUCCUCAGUCUAAACCCAGGAAAAAAAGAUCAAACGGCGAAGGUAGGGAUCCAGUAAGCUUCAUCUGAUUCAACCCAGCUUAAAAUAAUAUUUUACGUUUAGGAAUAUUUAAUAGACCUUUUUACCGAUACGGCGGCCAUAUUGAAUAAGUCAGAAUUUAAGGAGUAUUAUGGGAUACCCAGGGGGCAUGAGCACAUUCCGUUUAGUAUUUACGAGCACCCUUCGGGGCAUUUUAUCUUAAAGAUCGUUGUGCCGUAUUAGGAUUUAAUAAUGAUCGCCUUUUUCCCGAGAAAUAUACAGCGAAAGACCAUAUAUCUAAUACUAAGCGAGUACAACUGAUCUUGCUCAUGCCCCCUAAACAUCCUAUAAUACUCUUUAAAUGGAAUUAAUUCAAUAUGGCCGCAGUUUCGGUAAAAAGGUCUGUUUCCCACUCGUAGAUCUGGUUAAAUGCUGUCAGCUGGGAUAUAUGCCAUCAAGAGCAUCAUGUGUUAUCCGUGUUCGAUACUGGAUGGCUGGCGUAAGCGAAAAAUGCAGGCAGGAAUUUCGACGAUGUUGUUUUAAUUACACUGGAGAAACAGGUAUUUGUACUUUGAUUAUAGCUAAGCUAUUUGAACUGCCAACUUUGGCUCAGUCAUAAAAUUUCAAUGCACUCAUAUUUAUUUUAAAUGCGGAGAAAACCCUUUGGUGAUUUCAUGGAACAUACUUUGUUCACAACAGAGAUUUAGAUAGAGUAAACCGAUUUCAGUUUAGAAAGAAAUCACGUUUAAUUUCGAAAAGGGCGAAAGUGACAUUUAUGUUAUUUCCAAAUUACCCAAAGCCUCUCUUUUCAAAUGAUUUUUCAUUCUCAUGAAAAUGAAACUUAUUAUCACAAGAAAGGUUUUGUCGUUGGUUGCGGUUGAUGAAAAUCGUGAAAAGAACUCAGAUACUUUAUCAUCGUUCUUGGAUACAUUUCGCCAGACUCUCUACCAUUUCCCGUUUCUCGUUUUCUAUAAACGACUAAACCUCUAAGAUAAGAUGCACCAUUGCUGAAAAAAUGUCCGCAUUUCAAAUUAUUUCCAGAUCCUUCCACCACACAAGUACGUUCCAGAAAGGUUCAGCAAUUCGAACUGGCUUUCGAUGACGAGGCAGUCAGCGAAGGACAAGUGAGACAAUACUUUCCUGAAACUUGGAUUUUUGAAGAAGAUACUGUUGGGUAAGAAAUGAGCAAUGUAAUAAUAACAACGGCACCUUUUUCAACAUGAAGGGUCCUUUUUCCUGGUGCUUUGAUCACUGGAAUCGGCUUUAUUGCACUUUUCAUUUAUCUUUAUUAUUGUCAUUCUUAUUAUCACUAUUAAUAUUAUUAUCAUUAUUGUCAAUAACGCGCGAUCUAUAAAGUUAAGUUACGGUCAGUCAAUCGUAAUUGCGACGAAGCCAAAUAAACAGAAAUCUACCAAUAGCAACCUAGAGACGUGACCUUUUAAUGUAAACCAAUGCAAAAAUUGGUUAAAUUUUUGAACACAGAGUUCUUAUGUUAAUGAUAAAAUAUUAAAUAAAUAAUUCAUUGAAAAUAUCUCCCCAAUUCUGAUUGGUUAAAGGCGCACGCAUAAUUCACCAUAACCAGUUACUGAUGACCAAAUUUUGAAGAAUUUUGUGUUUAACGAGGAAAUGACGUCAAAAAUGUAGCCCGCUACAGGUUAAGCCACCGUUACCGAGAAGACCUGGAGACGAGGUUGAGUUGUUUUGUUGUGAAAAAAAAAAGGGCGGACAAUUCACUCGUUUCAAGAGUAAGAACUACAGCUGGGUCCGGGCAAAAUAAUAGCUAAAAACACGGCAAAAACAACAGGAAGACAACUCGGAGGGCGACAUCUGCUAUUUGGAAAAUAUUUGUGGAGCUGGACAAACCUAAACGUACACUAUCGAAGAUGAACUUAACAUCGAUGCAGCAUGUUUUAGCUAUGUCUUUAAACUAGGAACUAUUUUGAAUGAAUAAUAAAGCAAUUAAUGAAUUCGGCUUUCGGGGGAUGUGAAGAAUUAAGCAGAUCUCGGAGGUUGUUAUCCACCCCGGCCUUCGGCCUCGGUGGAUAACACCCUCCUCGAUCUGUUUAAUUCUUUAUUUCCUAUUCAGCCCCAUUCAUUAAUUGCUAAUUUAAAGAAGAGGCCUGCAAACACCUAAAGGUGGUUUUCCGAAGGGUCCUCGUAAAAGAAAGGUCAACAAACUACGGCCAAGAGCUAAGACUACAACCAAGGUUUAAAACCAGAACUAAGAUUAAAAAUAUUAACUAAGGUUCGAAUGGUUUAAUAAUUUUGAUAAGCACAGUAAUUUCAGAUCUUGCUUAGUUUGCGUUGUUGCCUAGCUGCUCUAUUUCCCUUAUAGAAGUGGCAUUCAAAGUAGGGUCUCCCAGGGUUUUAAAGCAACAAGGUAAUAUGAACAAUUUGAACUUGGGAAAAAAUAUUUGGGAUCAUGGGAACAAAACAAUGCGAAUGAAAGAAAAAAAAAAGGAUAUAUUAAUAUUAAAUUCCAGACCCCCAGGAUGGCCAGGUCAGUUUACAUGAGAGCAUCACCUCCUUCGGGGAUGCGGUUCUACAUUCCUCUAGCCUCUUUUAAUAAAUUUGCACUAGUUUACAAUUUUUCAAAUAAUACUGCCACCUCUCUUUCUGCGCCAUCUGUAACAGUCUAUUCCUUGAAUUUACUUUCAGUAACGACGGCAAGUUUCAUUUCUUGGCCACCUUACCAGACACUAUUACAACUUGGGUUAUACAAGCAGUUGGAGUUUCAAAUUUGACAGGCCUAGGAGUGGCUCGUCCACUUUACGUCAAAACCUUUAAGGAAGUUUUUGUUUCUCUUCGAUUGCCUUACUCUGUACAGAGAGGAGAGCAGAUAUCUGUGAUUGCUACGGUGUUUAAUUACGCGGAAUUCAACUUAAAGGUAAAAAAUAAAUGUUUACAAACAACAGCGUAAUGAGAACCCCAAGCUGCAAGAAGGUUUGCGAAAUUCUUUUAGUAAUUCGCGCCGUUGAGUAAGGCAAUUGACCCUGGGUGCCAGAGACUUUUUAGGCGCGGUUUCUGGUUUCGGUCAAGUCGAGGCCCUUAGAAGAUUUGUCAGCCGCCACCGAAACAUCCCGCUGCACGAAAGAAAGGAGACUUUACGGAGAAACCAUGUAAAAGCAAUUGCCUGUUUUUUUUUUUACUAGAGAGAAAAUGUCUUUUUAAUACACAGUAGAAAAGGUUACCUCUAUGCCGCCAGUAAUAACAAAAAGGCAACGGCUCUAGGACAACCUUAAGAUAUUGGUGAAGCUUGCCCCCCUUACAAUUAUACUCGACCGAGUUCGGUGCAUGCCUACGGAGAACUUGCCCUACGACGACAAAUUGAACCGAGUCAAUCUCUUACAGUUCCCGAACUAAACUUUCCAGUUCUGAACCCACUGUCUGCGGCGAGAACUCCACCAGAUUGUUGGAGCCGAGUUCCAAAAUAAUCACAUCUGGGACUAAUUGGCACACCACAUGAAAGUCGAAUUUACGAAAUUUUGCUAUCGCGCGGCCGCUGCUAUACCACUAAGGCUGCUAAAAGCCUGCAUGUGCCUCUUUUUCUGCACAAACGCUUUAAGACGAUGUAACAUCUGUAAACCUGAAGAAGGCUGGUAUGGCCAGCCGAAAUAUUGUUAUAAAAAACAAUACACGUUGUUUUAAAUCCGCUUUGCAGUAGUCUUUGGACUUCUCGUUCCUGGUUCUUUAUAUUUUGGUUGAUUAGAUCUCUUUUUUAGAUAUCUAACGUUUACAUCUAGCAGGAUCUUCGUCCACGGUUUUUGCAGUUAAUUUAAUCCUUUAUUAUUAAGACGAUACCGAAGGAGUGCCCGAAAAUUUUAGGAAAAUUAGCGUGCUCUAAGGAAAACCAAACAGAGUCCUCAACUAGGGCACCCCAACAAGAACGGAAAAAAAAAAAAUGAAAAGCUACCUGACUACAAAAAACAAACAGGGUUGGGGGAAAAAUUGCUCUUGCCUGAUUGUUUGUUGGCUUUUUCGUUCGGAGAAAGAAAUAAAUUCACUAUUGAAAAGCUAAACAGCUCACGAUCGGCGUUGGCAGAAAAAAGGGGCGAGCGAUAGCGAAGCUCACGAAUUUAUAGCCCGCUUUGUGUGUGGUGUCUAGCCAACUAUCGUUAUCUUGACUAUCCACCCUGAAGCUUGCACUGUAAGAUAAGAUAAUGCCCCGCCUCAUCAUAAAACCCAUUAACGCGCCAAGUCAAUAAUGGGUCAUUUAAUACACAAUAGAAAAGAUUACCAAUAAGCUUGGUAGAGUACCAUUAAUACAAUUAAAAGGAUCCACAGUCAAUAAAAUUAUUCCGGAUAUCACAAAAACCGAAUCUAAUAAUUGUUUUAUUAUACAAGCCAUUCUCAUUUUUUUAUUAUAGAAGCCAUUCUUACUUCGCUGUCCGCGAACUUGACAUUGCUGUCCGUGCACUUGACGUUGCUCUUGGAAAUCAUGCAUUGCGCGCGCAACCUACAGAUUAUUCACUAAUCUGUAGGUGCAGAUUAGUGAAUAAUCUGUAGGUUGCGCUGUUUCCCAGAAUCAACUGUAGGCUUUUAGCCAAUGAGAAGACAGAUGGUGACUACAAUGUGUAAUAAUCAUAUUUAUUAUUCAUUAAGUAACCAGUGAUUUCUUAAUAAUGUCUUUUUUUAAGGUGAAGGUAAAGCUAGAGGAAAACAAAGACUUCUGCACCUAUGUUCCAGCUGGACAAAAAUCAGCUGUAAUGUUACUAACUCUGAAGAGCCAUGACGCAACUUCUGUGUCAUUUCCCAUAAUACCUAUCAAACUUGGUAAAGCUUCUGUCAAAGUAAGCGUCACCGCUGAGCACCCAGAUGUAAGUCUACAAGCACAAUUUGGAACUGUAGUGGCGAGUGACGUGGUGCUUAGAAACAUUUUGGUUGUGGUAAGUUUAAUGAAAAUUUGAUGCUAUUUUGUUCAUUCUUGCAAGAAAAAUUGUCAAGCCGCGAGGAGAUGAUACAAAACUUAAAGGUACACCCAUUAAACUUGCGGAUCAUUACACGUUUCUGGGAAACUGCCCACCUACCACUCCCCUAAGCCAACAUUUUCCCUUAAGUGAGAACUAAGCGUUAAUGUUGGCUUAGGGGAGGGAUAGGUGGGCAGUUUCCCAGAAACGUAUAAUGAUCGAUGCACUCAAUUGGUUACGUGAUCAAUUUUCUGUAAACACGAAAACAGCUUCGCUUUGAAACAAGUGUGAUUAGCAGGAACUAACAGAGCAUACCGUAAAAUUCCUAAAAUAAGCCCCUUCAUAUAAAAGCCCCUCCAAAUAUAAGCCCCCCAAACCGGUAACGUAAAAAACCCUCCGUUAAAUCGCUCCUUCAAAUAUAAGCCCCUGGGGGCUUGUAACUGGAAAAUUGCCCUCAAAUACAAAGUAAAACAAAGCAAAAACGGUAAAUUUACUUCCAACUGUAAGGCGAGCCCAAUCGAUUUUGAGACGCAAAUUUCCCUCCUUAGAUAAGCCCCUCCGAAUAUAAGCCCCUCAAAAAGGGCCUUUGAAAAAUAUAAGCCCCGGGGCUUAUUUUCGGAAUUUUAUGGUAUUUAAAGGUGAUGUUACACGGGAGGAUUCGUAGGGACGAUUUUUAGCCCAACACAGCGUAAAAUGUUGGAAUAAUGUUGUAACCAGUCGAAACAAUGUCGCUACAAAUGAGUGCUUUUUCAUACAAAUCCUUGUAAAUUUGGAAAUUUUCAAACUGUCGUUAAAUCUUUCCUUAAGUAAUACGGGGCUCUAGUUUUCUCUUGUUCAUAGCAGUCAAUUUUAGCCCUUUAAUGCUUGACCAACUAUUGCAAAAGGCCUAAACAUGCUUCAAACACAAACGUGAAUUUAUGGGUAAUUAUUUACACGUUCUCAUACGAGGACUCUCCAGUGUAAAAAAUGGUAAUCUGUCUUGUGUAAAUUGGUGAUCUGUCUUAUUUUGUGAGCAAGGUGUUUUGUAGAGGAUGACGUAAUAAUUGGCGAUGGACAUUAACUUCCUCUUCGAUGAGAAGCAGAGAGGGUCCCAUCUUUCUUGGUUCUUUUCAGGGGUCAUUUUAAAAAAACUUUUACACUUGUAAUACAAGUGUAGCCAUCGUUUAAGGGUCUGAAAAUAAUAGCUACACUUGUAAAUUACGUUUGUAAAAGUUUUAUUAAAUUGACCACGGGCUUUUUGUAGUUUUCAAGAAUAUUAACGCAGCCAUGGAUUCGGUACUACGCGUCCUGAUUGUUUUAAAUUCUGUGAGGAAGAUCAUGUAAAUGACAGGCUAUCAAUAGAACUAUAAUUCUUAUAAUAUCAAGGCGGCCAGAUAAAAUUCAUGAGGGCGAACCAAGAGAGAAAUUGAACUUUUGCCCCCAGCUUACUAAUCGCCCUUUCAUCACCAAAGAGUAUGGUCCCAGACUAAUAGAACCUCUUUCAGAAAGGUCGCUUGGUAUCGCCAGUAAGUUCCUAAGGGCAUCCUGUUCCUAAACUGUCGUUCUAAAUCAUUCGAGAGGCAACCAAGAACAAUGUGUGGUUUGGGCUCGGGCCCUUUCUCCGUGAACAAUCCUCAGACUCCACCUCCGUAGAGAUAAACAACUUGUGUUGGCAUUUUCGAUUUCAGAUAUGCCGAGAAUUGAAUUACAUUUUUUUUAUUUACAGCCAGAGGGUGUUGAACGACGAAUAAAGCACUCUUUUGUACUUGAUCCAACGGGUAAGUAACUUUAUGAAGUCCGAAGGCUUUGCUCUGAAUAGUGAUAGAUUGAGCGAUUAUAAUUUGUAGGAGUAUUGCGGGACGAGAAGCCGGACACAAAGAAUUCAUCCGCCCCCGCCAAAGGAAUCAAACAUCAUCGUAAGUAGAAUGCUUUUCAAGUUACCCUAAAUUUUUUGCGGUUUUAAUAGUUAAUGGCAAUAGCUUUCAAAGGGAUUCCAUUUUGAUUAUUUAAAAAACGAAGCCGCAUUUUCAGCCAUUUCCUCAAGCAAUACUUUCUGAGGGAAAUGUCGUUUCUGAGUCGUGGAGACGUUUACACCAAAAAUGAUCUCAUAUCGGGUGAACUCCAGUGUUGCUGACCAGAAUCUUCUCUAAUGUCAAGGAGAGAGGUCGAAAACGUUCUCUCAUCUAAGCACUAAAAGCUAGAGGUACGUAAAGAAUAGACUCCUGCCAAACCUGUGUGGUAAUUUUUGUUUUCAUGAAAUUUCGUCGACGAUAAGGCGAACUAUGAGCAAGAAUAUAUAACUGUACAGCUUGUGAGUGCAAACCUAUUUCUGUUUUUUUUUUCAAAGGUUUUCUCCUUUGACUAAAAAUACUAUAUUGUAUUUGUUAGAAGUUGUCCACAAUGAUAUGCAGACAGACAGAAUGCUUUUACGUGUUCCCUCACGUGCAAUACCGGGGUCAGUCAAGGCUUCCUUAUCUCUUACAGGUAGGUAACUUAGUUAUCGCGGAGCUCUCUCGCGCGCGCAGCGGAGCACCAUGGGUAAGAAAAAAGGUAAGCUAUAGAUGCGAGAAAACUUGGUAAUCGCGUGACAAUCCGUAGGUCCGUCCACCCAUACAUGUUGCCCACUGUCAAAUGUCAUAUUUAGUACUACUAUGCUGGCGUGUUAACCGAGAAAGAGCUAGUGUAGAGCGAGAGAAACAAAUGAGACCAAUUUCGUUGGAAGAAAAACAUGAAAAUUUUAUAGCGGUGGUGAGAAAAUUAGAAAUGCCUGCAGCCACCCAGGUAAAAAUGAGCGGCAGUGAAAUGAAAGCAAACAUAAAACGUGUUACCAUGAAGUUUCAGGAUAUGGUCCUGCGAACAAGGGGACUGAAGAAAAGUGCAAAAAAGUAUGCUGCACUUGCAAAGUUGUUGUUGUUGUUGUUGUUUUGCUAAUUAAACCUCUUUUUUGCCGCUAUCGUUGCGAUCGCCGUUUAGUAUACGCGAUUUUAUUUUUUGCCUGAGUAAACUGUAACUAUAUAAACGAGAGCUUCGCUUUCUUAGCCCUGUCUAAAUCUAUAUAUUCUAUACGUCAAGACUAGGGGGAAACUGUGUACUCUGUACUUGACUGUGUACCGUACACUGUCUCUAGCACUUCUUGAAAUUCUGUUGUUGUCUCCUGGAAAUUAUUCUAGUAGGAGUGUUAUGUGUGACAAAAAAAAAAGUGAUUUCUCUUAAUCCAAGAACAUGCACGUGCGAAAUUCUCUGCCAUGCUUUUCAACGAGUUGCAAGACUUAACUGAGUUUAAAAAAAAUGUUCAACUUUCUUCUUGACCUAGAAAUUAACCAAUAUUUUCCUUAUUGACACAGUAUUUAUUAAGGUAUGUGAGAAGACCUAAUUCCUGUUUUGAAUCAAGCACUUUUUUUAUUGUUUCUGAUAUUAUUAAUACUGCAAUGUAUUUACAGGCAAACUUUUGUCCUUCCUUUGGUGAACAAUAGAUAAAUAGGAAUAAAUGAAUAAAUAAAUGGAAUUGAACUCCCAUUGAAAUUGCAUUAGUCGUCUUUAAUUCCUUUUGUAAUAGCACACCUGAUCAUCUCGUUGCCUUGUUUCAAACGUGCAACAAUUGUAAUAAGGUAUGCAAAGGGGGAUUACCAAUUGCGUUACCGCAGAUCUCAAAAGCAAGACAAUAAAAUGCGAACUACCUUACUUAGUUCGAGCUUACUAAAUAAGACUUUCAUUUAAUAUUCACUUGGUAAACUAGGAAAUCUUAUUGGUCCAGCGGUCACGAGUUUAAUAUCUGGUGGCUUGGAAACGCUUCUUCGAAUGCCCAUGGGUUGUGGCGAGCAGACCAUGAUGUUCUUGGCUCCAAAUGUGUACGUUUUGCAGUAUUUGUCGCAAACCAGACAGGUCACCGCUGAAAUAGAGUCACGUGCGUACACAAUGAUUCAGUCAGGCAAGUAUUUAUCCUGCAUGUAAUGAAUCACUCAAUAUCACUUUUAUUUUGCAUUAUCUUGCAUCUUGCAGCAAAUGAUUUUGAGACUGAAAUCGCUUAUGGUUUAUUCAACAACGCUCAACCCACUCAACACUUUAUUGCAAAUAGUAAAUUUAAUGAUGUUAACACUUUAAACACAGUAAGCUUAAAACAAAGAACAAGUUGAAGAACAAGUGAAGAGUACAUCAGUCCGAGAAUCGCUGUUAAAUUCACUAGCUUUGAGUGGCGCCUAACAGAAAAUCAUUUGAUUUGUAAUGGACUUAUAAGCUCUUGAUACAUCGUCAUCUUGCCUGUAAUCAUAGGAAUGAAUGAUAGUAAGGAUUUAUGGAGGAAGCACAUCCACUUGGUGGUUCUUCGUCUACCUGGUUCCUGGUCGAACAGGAAUUUAGAAAUGAUGGUUUUUAAAGAGAGGGGAAAGCUAGAGUAUGCGGCGAAAAACCUCUCGGAGCAAAAAAGCCACGCAUAGCGUAGACGCCGGGAUUUGAACCCGGGCCACAUUUGUGGGAGGCGAUUGCUCUCACCACUGCGCGACCCUUGUUCUACUAGAUAUAUCUAAUGGUAUUUUUCAUACCGAUUACAGGCUAUCAACGAGCUUUGAAUUACCGAAGAGCUGACAAGUCCUUCAGCGCGUUUGGAGAAUCUCGCCCUGGGAGCACUUGGUACGGGACACUAGCUAACUAAAGACAAAUUUGUAUUUAAAUUAACAAAGCGAGUUUAAAAGCAGAUAGAUGCGACACUAUAAUCACGAUAGGCUUUGCCCUAUUCUUCGACACUAGUUCUCUAUUGAGGUGGAUUGAUUGUUAUGAAUAGUUCCAAAAGCCAUUAUUCGACCUGUUGUAUUCCCAUCUUAAACCUUUUAAUGGUCGGACAAAUCAUAAAGGCAUUAUUUCAGUUAUUUUAAAAUGCCUUGGAUUCAUCUUCAUUAUCAUCAUCAGUAGGAUGCCAUUCGGCUUUUGGCUUUUGAUUCAUGCUCCCACGUUUCUCCUUGAUUUCCCUACGGGGAUUUUGGUACUUCCACAUUUUAACCAGAAUCAUUCAACGUCCUGCAUUCUCGCUGGUCGGCCCCUUUCCCCUCAGCUACUAGGAAGCAGCCAAGGUGACAGAAUGUGCUUCAUGCUUUCACGUGUAGCCACUAAAAUUGAUCCCCGGUGGCAAACUCCAGCGAGCGUUCUUCCAAUAACGUUACUGUUACAUGGUGUUAAUUGUUUAUUACAGGCUCACUGCGUUUGCUGCAAGAGUGUUUUGUGCUGCACAAAAUGAAUUUGAUGGUAUUGCAAUCGACGAGAAUCUUGUUUGUGACUCAGUAAGUUGGAUGCUGGAAAAUCAACGUCAAGAUGGAGCUUUUCCUGAAAUGAAGGACAUAAUUCAUAAAUCCAUGAUGGUAGGUUAAUUUUCCUUUCUAGGUUUAAAACCGCCAGAUCAAUAUGUUUAAUAUAAAACUUUACGGAGAAAGUUAAGAGGUGUAACCCUUCAGGAGUACCCAGCGUAAGUAGUGACAUUUUAAAUACCACACACCUCAAUCAAUCAAUCAAUCAAUCAAUCAAUCAAACAAUCAAUCAAUCAAUCAAUCAAUCAAUCAAACAAUCAAUCAAUCAAUCAAUCAAUCAAUCAAUCAUUUAUCUUAACACGUUACGUCGAGGAGCUAAAAAACUCGUUCAAAACUGUAUGAACGUUUAUAAAUAGAAUCUAUAAUCAAAGCUAUAUUACAAUUUUAUUCUAUUUUAAAAACAACUCAAUAAAUAUACAAAAACUUAUUAAUAAAAACAAAAUAUAAAAUGCUAAAACCUGCUAAAAAGCCAUGUACUAAAAAAGUGACAGACACGUUCUAAAAAUCUACAAUCUUGCAAUUUGCUUUUGAAGUCAUUUGUAUCACUUGAAAGACGUACUUGAGAGUUCCAUAGCUUAGUUAAUAAAUAAGUAAAAGAAUUCUUUUUAAAUUAAAGAUUAAAAUUAGGUAAUUCCAAGUUCAAGCCCUCGCCUAUUAGCCCAUACCGUGUAUGCCUAUAUAUAAAAAGGUUUCUAAUAUAAGUAGGUCCCGUACCACUUAAGCGUUUAAAAAGAAGUAAUAAUAUAACGCCUGAUGUAAACGCCUACAAUAUAAGGAUGGCUUGUUAGCCGUAUUGAGCAGCAGGAUCAAUUACUUUUCUAUCAUUUGUGUUUUGUUUAGUCUUGCAACUUUUCUUGUUAAAAAUAGCUCUCCUCUCGUUACUUAUUCGAACGAUUUUUAUCAACCAAUAAUUAAAAGGUUUUACAUUUUGCCACUCAAGCAAUGUUAAUUUGAGGUGAAGAUACUUUUCAGUUAUUUACACUUUCCAUUUAGGGUGGAACUCAUGGAGAUGUGGCCAUGACAGCCUUUGUUAUUGUGUCUCUCCUGGAAUGCAGAUGUCAUGGUCAGGUCAGUUCAAUUUUUAACUACUAGUUAAGAGGAUCGUUUUUAGUGCUGUGGUUUCUCGUAAGGCUGGACCUAAAAAGCCGCGCUAGAGAACGUUCUAGCAAACCAUUUAACUAGGUUUACUAAUCAUCAAUGCUUUAAGAAUCAAUGCAUUAUAGUAUAUCAUUUCUCGUGCUUGGACGUUGAAAAGGGUGCCUACUUUUAAUUUUUAGGGCCUCUUCACAUGUGCCCUGUUGACCAGGCUGGCUCGGGUUUCCGAGAUCUCGCCUUUCCUCUUAAUCCUUUGUAAUGUUUUCGAUGUGUUCAAAUGAGAGGGCGGGCUGGCACGGUUCCCGAGAUCUCGGUUUUUCCAACCGGGAUCUCUGUAAGCGGGCUGAAAAUUUUACCUUACGAACACUUCAGCCCGGUUACAUAAAUUGAAAGCGGGAUGAACUCUGGCGGACCGGAUUGCAUCGUCUUGCAUUGCCUGCUGUCUUUUCCACAUCGUAAGCAUCCCAUUUAACUGCAGUGAUAUAGCCAUGCUAUGACAGGCGCGAAAGUCAUGAUUUUUUUUUUCGCCAUAUUUGCUUUCUUUGCUUUCUUUUUCGAAUUUCGCGUCAGAAGCAAGGAUAUUCGGCCUUUUCUCAUCUCGGAAACGGGGCUGAAAUUUCCUGUCAUAUGAACCCAAGGCGAAAUUGGUCCCGGUGACCGGGCCAGCCCGGCCACUCGGACUCAUGUCAAGAGGCCCUUACUUAGUUUUAAAUUAAUAGGGUUAGGGAAGCGCACACACAUUCUUAAUCGGAAGGGGUAGCUUACCCCUGGCGAUUCUAUAGUUUUUAGACCGUUAAUUGUGCUAUAAACUAUCAACAUUCUGUCAGUUCUGUCUGUUCUGUGUUGCUAGUUUUAUAAGAGAACUAUUGGUUAGCCUUUACUCAUGAGCACAUAAAAUUUUUAUAAAAUAGUAAACCCGCUUAUAUAUUACGAGUAGCUCCAUGACUGUUUCAUCCAUAAGAAAUAUUUUAGACAAUAGGGUAUCUGGUAUCUGGAAGCUCAGGAAUCUUACGUCAGCCGUUUCCCCCCGUGACUCUUACUUAUUAAAAAUAUCUCUUAUAUGAAAUUAUAAAAUUCAUAGUCGAAGUUAUCCCAACUGGCCACCCAUUAUUCAACUCAUGAUCAAGCUAAUGGUUACUUGGAGACUACCUAAUGGCUUUAUUAACCCAUUGAUUACUAGAACAAGAGCCGGCAUAUUCAGGAUGCUGUAGCUUUCAUGGAAACAGAGUUGGACAGAAUCCACAAAGUAAACAUUCUGGCACUUUCUACCUACGCCUUAGCGUUAGCCGGCAGCAGCAAGAGCUCCACGGCGAACAAAAAACUUCUUCAGAGUAUGAUCUUUAAUAAAGGUGAAAACUUCAUUCCGUUGUCUCAUUUUAAUCAAGUUAUUAGAGUUUGAAUGUUCCCCUGAAGUGGUGAAAUUAGUUUAGGAAGAAAGACAAACAAACGAAAAGCAAAGUCCAAGAAGAAAGCGCGUAAGCCAUUUGUUUUUUAGGCUUUUGUUAUACUGCAAAAAUUAAAAGAUAAAUUUGCACGGGACCAGUAACAAGCUAGAGAAGGGAACUAGAGUUGCCAGGUCGUGGAUAGAAAAUCUCAAGUGUUGUCAGAACUCUCGCGCACAAUAGAUAACUAGGGAUUAGAGCACUCUCUUCUAUGCGCCGUUUGGAUAGGAGUUAAAUAAAUUUUUCCCCGUAUGUUUAAUCAAGUUUACCUAAUUUCAUUUCAUCCAUACAUUUCAUUAUCACAGACGAAGCCGUUCGUUAUUGGGACGUUGGAAAUGAUGCUUUAAACGUGGAAACAACUGCCUAUGCGCUUCUUGCGCAGAUGGCACUUGGACGGCUGACGUUUUCAGGACCAAUUGUUACAUGGCUGACAGGACAAAGAGAUCCACAGGGAGGCUUUGUUUCAACACAGGUUUGCCAAUAUAUGCCUAAAAAUGUACUUGUCAAUACUUAAAUAGCUAAUUACAAUUGUUAGAAUCACAUCCAGAGACAGCAUGCAUAUAGAUUUUACUCAUCUUGCAUACUGUUGGUCUAUAAGGUAUUGGAAUUUUUGGUGCACACUGAGAAUCAUUGGCGGAUGAUGGGAAAAUGAGCGAAACUAUCAAUUAAUUCGUCCUCUCCUGUGGAACCAUUGCGCGCGCGCACACAAAAACUUUGUACACAGUCUAUGCGACCUUUACUCAUUCGUGUUAAUCUUACUGUAUGAAAAUCGUAAUUUUUUUCGCCAGGAUACAUGUGUUGCAUUACAAGCGCUAUCAAAAUACAGUGAGAAAACUGCUGGUGCAAAACUUGACUUACGUGUGUCUGUCUCCUCCGAGAAAGAUGUCAACUGGAAAAGGAAGUAUCAUAUUGAUCGUGGCAACGCCCUUAUUCUCAGACAAGAAGACGUAAGACUAUCAUCUAGAUAAACCAAUAAUUAAAUAAGAAUAAAACAGGAUAACUGUUGCAUUAAAAUACGAAUGGGCGACUUUGUUUUAGUGUUGGAUUUCAGGACGGCUUCUCCUUUUCAACUGCUCCUAUCUCUGUUAAGUAGCAAGAUUUCUCGGAAACUCGGUCUUUUUCUCGGGUUGAAGGUCGCCCUUCACUCAAAAGGAGAACGCUGUCAUUAAAUACUUGAAAAAGUAUAUCUUAGCAAUUGAAUGUCAUAGAACAAACAAUGUUCAAUUAUUACUUAAUUCCCUCUGAUUACUGUGUUUGUCUAUCGUGACAGGUUACCCCUCUUCUUGGAGGACAACUGUUUAUUGACUCCUCUGGUAGUGGCGUAGGACAACUUUUGGUAAAUCAAAAGAAUAAAUUAAAUAAAGUAGAAUUAAUAAAAUCGGACAGAUUAAAGAAUGAAUUCUUCAGGAAAAUACCACCAAAAGCUAAGUACACUUCUUUCACUAAAGUCUUUGUAAAUAAAGCCCAAUAACCUUUACACUCCUUUUAAUCGCUUACCGAAGCAAUAUCUCAGUUAAAACAAUAAGAAAAGUCGGUUACGAGCUCUCCAAAUUCAAAUUGAUCCCUUAAGUAGGCCUCAGAAAUAACUUUUUAAACAAAUACACUAAGCAUUCAAUAUAUCAGCCAUAUAAUUAGUUAUGAGACUAGUUAGGUUGUAUGGCUAAAUCCCUCAGAACUAAAGUGGUCUUUUCAAAGCAUAGUCAAAAAAUCCAUUGCGUCAUUUUUUUUUUUCGUAUCUAUGUUGCCGACUGCUUUUUAUUCAAUUAACUCAUUCAAGCUGCUUUCAGGUCAGGCCGGAAUACUGGGUAAUAAGGAGAGUGACUUCGAUUUCGCUUCUCGUCGCAACGGAAGAUGAGAUUUCACCAGGGGUAUUUUAUUGUAAAUUCCUUUUUGUAGAUUGAAGUUCACUAUAAUGUUCCGUCAGCAAAGAACGAAACCUGCCACUUUGCUCUUAAGAUUGAAGUCCGUGAAGAAGCGAAACAGGGCAAAGAGGAAGUGAUGUCAAUCAUGGGCCGUUCACGAGGGAGAAGAGAUAAUGCCAACCGAAGGAAAAAAUCCAAGAAAUGCCGCAAAAACAAGAAGAGAAAAUCUUGCAAAACGAAACGGAAAAAUGUGAAGCAUCACAAGAGGCCAAGCACGGACGCUAAAGUCCCGGAUGCUCUACAGCUGAAAAUAUGUGCAAGGUUUGUAAUGCUCCACAUACUUUCUAUUUGGGUGCCGCUGUUAACAUCUGAACAUGACAAGAAACAACCUUUACUUAACAUGACUUAAAGUACGCACACUUAAGUUCGCAAUUGCCUUGAGUCUUAAAACGCGUUUUAUAAAGCUCAGCAAUGUUAGAUUUACCUGAAUGCAUGGCUAAAUCGGUAAUACAUUGAAAAAAAAGUUCCGAAUACAUGGUGCUAAUAAAGCUCUAAUUACUCUCUUACGGCCAACUCCAUCACUGGGACACCGCUCUAUUGCAUACAGUUCGUUUGAUCCUAUUAAGCUUCCAAGCUUUAUACAGUUUCUACCUCUACGAUUAUGGCCUUUUCCCUUACGUAUGAUGAAGCGAUUCUGGAAUCUCUUUGUCUCAAAUUAGUGUCCGUUCACCCUAAACUUACCCUAUUUUCCAACCUCUCUUUGAAUGCAAAGAGAGCUAAAGAGGUGGAAGAUCAGUCGUGAUCGUGAUCAUGAUCAUCAUCGCCCCCUCGUCAUCACCAUUGAAGGAAUCUUUUCAUCCAGAAAUAAUCCUGGUAAUAGCAUUAAAAAAGGGGAGGGGGAGCGGAAAGUAAAGCGUAAAAGAAGCAAGAAGGAAAAGUCAACCUUGCAGCCCUCGAAAUUUUGAUUUCGGCUCAUACCUGAAUUAAGAUCCUAAGUUGCAUUUUCACACUGUAAGCAGCAUUUGUUUAUAUAGGGACCAAACAGUGGAUUUCCAAGCCUUCGGCAAAAGAGAAUGAGCUAACCUCAUUCUCUCUUGUCUACGGACGAUAAUGGCAAAAAUUUACAACUUCUUUAUGACACUGCCCUAUAGUCUGCAAAUGUGACAGUGUCGCAUUAAACCAUUCUGGCAGAGAUUCCAUUGCCAAGUAUUCCCGUAGAAAGUCGAUCUAUUAAUGUGAAAGGUCCAGGAAAUAUUUUAGACGAACUCGACACGUACAAAUGGGUGAAAGCAGGCAUCUUGUGAGAAUUCAAACUGAAAAUGUUAGAUUGCCAAGCAAGAUUGAAAAUUAUAAUUUAUUAAUUGUUAUUAUAGGGCUAAUAACAAUUGUUGAACUUUGAAUUUUAUCGAUAGAUACCUAAAACAAGGCAAAACCGGGAUGACAAUAAUGGAGAUAGGUGUUUUCUCUGGUUUUUCUCCUGAUAAGGAAUCGCUCAUAGAGGUAACUUGCCAACAAUAUUUCAGUAGAUUCUGACAGUUACAGCCUGUUCCCAUAACAAAUCUAGACGUCUAAGUUGCUUUUGUUUUUGUUUUUGUUGAUGCGGUAGUUAACUCUAGUACUAGACUAGGCAUUACUUUGGUUUUCUGGGACAUAUCGCGGGAAUCGCACGGAAAGCAAUGACGACGGCGAAAAGUGAAGUCUCCCGUAUUCAAACUUUAUUGUGCUAAUAUUCCAUCUCGUUCAAUUUGUCGAUUGUUGGCAAUUUUUUUCUGAUAUUGAAUUCUAAAAGACUGUAUCGAAGUUGGGAAAAGAAAAAGAAAGUCUUUGUCUUGUGUCAGCACGUCCUUCAAAAAACGUGAACUUAGGCAUUUUCACGUCGUAGUCGUGCAAUCACGGCAAAGAAAUGUACAAAAAGCGUGGCGGUGGAGAGUUGUUGUUUUGUCAAUCUAAAACUAUUGUUUGUUUUUUUUUUGCCGUUCUCGUUGACGUCGCCGUCGUCGUUGCUUAAGCCCCCUAUUUUAAAGACACUGAAGCUAUCAAUUAGCAAGAAAUUGGAUGAAGCUGACUAUAGGAUCUGAGGAAUGAAAAACAUUUGGUAUUUUUAUUAUGUUUAUCACAGAAAACUCAUCAUCAGGAACGAAAUCUAGUGUCACAGCAAAAUAACCCAGGAAUUAAUUUGCUCAGGCGAAAGUAACCACGUUAAGGUUACUUAAGAAGGAUUCAUAGACCAACGUUAACUAUUAACAUUUUUCUGUGCUUUAUAGUUGAUGGAAAACGUUCGUCCAACUGUGGACAGAUUUGAAGUUUCUGAUAGAUCUGUGAUACUCUACGUCAGCGAGGUAAAACAAAUCGUUCUUUCUGGUUAUCUACUGUGUACUGUUCAAUGCCUAUCGUCUUUUUAACGGUUAUUUUUUUCUUUCCUGAAAUGAACUGAGUCAACCAAUUCAUCCGUUACUCGAUUAAAUGACGAUGGAUAGAAAAGCUGCGUUGAUGACUGAUAGAAGAAAUUUCCUAAGUAAGGUUUUUAACAGAGUUGCCGAAUACCAAAUUCCAAAAGAUAAAAAAAUAAAAAUAAUUAAAAUAAAUUUGUUUACGUAUAAUGAGUGGAAAAUUAUAAGUAGUGUUGUUCCAAUUUCCGCUAGGAGUGACGUCGCAUAGGAAUAUUGAUGUGCUGUAAACAAAUACUUAAAUGCGCCACUUUUGAACUUAUUUUUUUCUGCUUGUGGGCAUUUAUCUUUCCUGAUAGAUUUCUAGUGACAGGGAGUUUUGUGCCAAAUUUAUGGUGAACCGUAUCAAUGACGUGGGAACUGUCCAACCAGUGCCAGUGAAGGUUUACGACUACUAUAAACCAGGUGUGUUAUUGCUUCUGGUAAUUUUGUAAUUCUUAACAUACUUGGUAAUUGUGUAUGAUUAUUUAGAGUUUGAAAAAAAAAAAAAAAGAAAAGAAAAGGAAUUGAACAAGGACUUAACUCAGUGAUAUUCGGAGAUUAAUUAAAUGUUUGUUUAUUCAUUUCUAUCGCAACAGAUGAUUCCUGUACGGAAUUCUAUUCACCGAAUGCACGAAGUGCACUAUUGGCGGGAAUGUGCCAAGACGGCUACUGUAAAUGCUCUCAAGGUAUUAUAAUUUCUAGGGACCAUUUUUCAUUUUGCCUUUAAAAUUGAUUUUGACGAUAACUUGGUUAGACCUCAAACAUGGAAAAUGAUUAUUUUAUAAACUAUUUGCUCAAACGCCACUUUUUAGUAAUUGUAAAUGGUCGCAAUCUAUCCCUAUCUAUUUGUUCGCAUUCUUCCAUUUUCGCAUCAGUGUGCGAAAUUUAACGUCUCCAACAGCAAGAAAUCGUGCAUGUGUUCACCGUUUCUCCAAAAAUGUAUAUGGCUUUCUUCACACUUGGUGCCCGGACACGGUGCCCCAGUACGGUACUCGCUAUCAAGCGGUUUUCAAGAUAUUCGCUCAUUUAUUAAAGCCUACCAAAGAUUAAACUAUUUACAAAAAUGCCAACAAGAGCACCAAAAUGUAUCCUCAUCAAAUCCCCUCUUAUUGUGCUAUCCCAUGACGUUUUUACACACGAUUUUAAAAAGAAUGAAAAUGAAGUCAAAUCGCAUUUCAAACGUGGUUCCUUUUCUUUUGGUAAUGGUCUUCCAUCAAGAUUGUCCACUCAUAACGGUCUUUUUAUCCAUAAAAACAUCAUCCCAAAGUAUCUCGCUAACGCCCACAGAUUUUGCUCAAACUUUACGAAUAUUGAGGUAGCUAUUUACUGAACAUGGUGCCCUGAACGAUUUUGGAAAAAGGCUCCCAGUGUCGAGAAAUGCGCCUGCGAGAAAAAUAGGUAAUGACGUCAUUUCGUUGCUAUUACAUCUCCAAAAUUAACAUACACAAAUGUUCUUUUUCCUGAUAAAAAGCUGUGGUGGUCAUUUUCUUAUAUCUCUGUUUAUGGGGAGGUGACUUAAUGCUCAAACCUAGGAGGAAGAGAAAAUAGAGUUGAUACACCAUAAUAACCUUCUGGAUGGCAUAUUUGAACUAAUAGCCUAAUUUACCUUGCGUGUCUCAAAAUAAUAAGGUUUAUAUCUGGUAGUUUUUGCUCUUAUUUUCAGAUGACUGCUCUUCCUGUGUUGGAGGGCGUUCAUUUACUCUUCCCGAGUUGGCGAGUAAGGUCUGCAGCGAUUUUGACUUUGGUAAGAAUCCCAUCGGCACUUUAAAUAGUGGAUUAAGCUCUGUUUUGUUUGUUUGUUUUUUGAUGUUAUGUUGGGUGAAUGGGACGCAAAUAGUACUCUUGAAAUUUGGUUAAUUGACAAAAAAAUCCCUCCACACCUGGUUGGUCAGCUUUUUAAGUGUGCCAUAAUAACAUUUCAGAGAUGUUCAUGGUAUUCACAGUUUUCUGAAUUUCAAAGCAAUUUUGCACCAAAGAAGAGCAGUUAUUAACAGUGUCAUCAUAUAGUGGUUGCAACAUGGAAAGUUAAAGAAUAACCUUAUCCGCACUAACUUUGAUCUUAACGCAUUUCAGCUUUUAUAGGCGAAGUGCUUCUGCUGGACGAACGCCACUUUAGAAAACAAUCCUGGAUCACCUACGACAUAGCAAUAAAGGAGGUAAUCAAAAAGAAAAAAACCGACUUGAAAAAGGGAGACUUUGUUGAAUUUAAAAAGCGAUCAGGCUGCCAAUGUCCAGAGCUUGUAGAGAGGAAAGAGUAUCUCAUCAUGGGUCAAGAGAAAGGACAGUUCUUUCUGUUUGAUGAAGGAUCUUUUGUUAUUCCUUGGGUGAGGAAACGAACAAGCAGAUUUGACCUUCGCGCUCGAGUAGGUUUAGAUCCUAGAUGUAACAUUUAAACGCCUCAACGAUUAAAUCAAAUAAAAUAUAUAAUAAUUAGUUUUGUUUUUGUAGUGAGAAAUACUAUAAUAUCUGGAUGUUUUUGUCUAAUAAUUGUUACCACUAAAUAGGGGCUACAAUGAUGCACUGUAGGAAUUGUUAAUUAGUAAUGCAAUGGAC